AUGGCGACGCCCAUCUCGCUCGCGCGCGCGCCGGCGCCGCUGAUCACUCCCCGCGCGUGCAACCCCCGCCAGCUUGUCCACGCGUCGGCGGUGCGCGCCUCUCCCCGGCGCGGAGGAGGGCGCGUCGGUCGCCGCUCCCUGACGGUCCCCGCUGCAGCGGGAGCCUCGGCCUCCUCGCCCGGCUUGGCUCCAGACACCGGCGCGCCCGCGUGGGACGCUCUCGGCGGCGUCUCCGUCCUCGCCACGGGAACAGGCAACGCUGUGGCGCUGACGGACCUGUGGGACUCCACCGAGGGGGUGGCCGUGGUUGCGCUGCUGAGGCAUUUCGGGUGCUUCUGCUGCUGGGAGCUGGCCUCUGUUCUCAAGGACUCCAUAGCGAAGUUCGACUCGGCGGGGGCUAAACUGAUCGCCAUCGGCGUCGGAACCCCAGAGAAAGCUCGCAUUCUCGCCGACCGGCUGCCAUUUCCUAUGGACUCCUUGUACGCAGACCCCGAGCGCAAGGCUUACAACGUGCUUGGACUGUACCAUGGUUUGGGUCGGACGUUCUUCAACCCAGCUAGUGCAAAGAUAUAUUCGAGGCUCGACAACAUCAAGGAGGCGACCAAGAACUACACGCUGGAAGCCACGCCCGCCGACCUCACCGGCGUCCUGCAGCAGGGUGGAAUGUUCGUGUUCAAAGGGAAGGAGUUGCUAUACUCGUGGAGAGACGAAGGCACAGGCGACCAUGCUCCUCUGGACGACGUGCUCACCGCCUGCCGCAAAAUUCCAGUCGCUUGA